AUGCCGGUAUUUUGUGCCUACGGUUGUAAUAACCGGCACACCAUUGACACCAGAUUGCGGGGAAUUACCUUUCACAAAUUUCCCAAAGAUGAAAACUUGAGGAGGCAGUGGGAAGUUGUGUUGAGAAGGGAAGGGUUUACUGCCACAGAGUCAUCCAAGCUCUGCAGUGAGCACUUCAAGCCGGAUGAAUUUGACAGGACGGGUCGGAUUGUCCGGCUUAGAGAUGGUGCUAUACCAUCUGUGUUCAACUUUCCGUCUUAUCUCCAAAGACCAGUAGCAACCAGGACCACAAAAGCUUCAAGGAAAGCUGAAGAGAGCCUACAAGUGGACCUUCCUCAGCAUUUCCUUGAAAGUGAACCUCAGCCCAACACCAACUACACGUAUACAUUGCCUGAUUCUCCCACUCAUCUAAAGGCCAGACUCAGUGAAGCUUUGGCUAAAGUGGAGAGUCUGGAGCGGGAGAAGCAGAAUGCCAAGAAAAGAGAAUGGAGGGCAAAGAAAACAGUCAAGAGUCUUAUGCCAAGAAAAGAGAAUGGAGGGCAAAGAAAACAGUCAAGAGUCUUCCGGAGGAUCUGA